AAGGAAGGCAAUGAAAAAUUCAAUGACAGCUCAGAAUAUGGCUUUAUCUUAGUGGGCUUCUCUGAUCGUCCCAAGCUGGAGAUGGUGCUCUUCAUAGUAAAUUUUAUUCUGUAUUCGGUGGCUGUGUUGGGAAAUUCAACCAUUAUCCUUAUAUGCAUAUUAGACCCUCGACUUCACACGCCAAUGUAUUUCUUUCUGGCAAAUCUUUCCUUCCUAGAUCUCUGCUUCAGUACUAGUUGUAUCCCACAGAUGCUGGUAAAUCUCUGGGGCCCAGAUAAGACUAUAAGCUAUGCUGGCUGUGUUGUUCAGCUUUUCUCUUUCCUUUCAGUUGGGGGAAUAGAGUGCAUUCUUCUGGCUGUCAUGGCAUAUGACCGCUAUGCUGCAGUUUGCAGACCCUUGCACUAUAUGGUCAUCAUGCACCCCCAACUGUGCUUACAACUGGUGGCUGUGGCCUGGGGAAGUGGACUGGUCAAUGCCAUUGUUAUGUCCCCACUAACGAUGACUCUGUCCAGAUGUGGCCAACGUAGAGUUAACCAUUUCCUUUGUGAAAUGCCAGCACUAAUCAAGAUGGCCUGUGUGGAUGCCCGGGCAGUGGAAAUGUUGGCCUUUACUUUUGCCAUUCUCAUUGUCCUACUGCCCCUCACUCUUAUUCUUGUGUCCUAUGGCUACAUUGCGGCAGCAGUGUUAAGGAUCAAGUCAGCGGCUGGGCGAUGGAAAGCCUUCAAUACAUGCAGCUCCCACCUCACUGUGGUUUCCUUGUUUUAUGGGAGUAUCAUAUAUAUGUAUAUGCAGCCAGGAAACAGCUCUUCUCAAGAUCAAGGCAAGUUUCUCACUCUCUUCUACAACCUAGUAACUCCUAUGUUGAAUCCACUCAUCUACACCUUAAGGAAUAAAGAGGUAAAAGGUGCACUGAAGAAGGUUUUGUGGAGGCAACAAUGA